UUUGCAAGUACUUCUUCCACUACCAACUGUUUCCCACUCAUUUCAUCAUCACCCUGCUCUCUCAUCUCUCAUCUCUCUCUCUCUCAUUAUCUUCGUUUCUUCUUCCUCUUCUAUUACUAUGCCUUCUCUCUCUGACGCCUUUCGAAGCCACCCUGUGUUCGCUCACCACAAGCACCCUGACUUCACUUCCCUUCAGGAGCUUCCCGAUUCCUACGCAUGGUCUUCUUCCGCCUCCGCCGCUGUCGAUUCCCUCCACCGUGUCCCCGUCGUUGAUCUUGAUGACCCUAAUGCCUUUUCUUUCAUUGGCCGUGCAUGCAAAUCUUGGGGCGUUUUUCAGGUCGUCAACCACGGCGUCCCCUCCGGCCUCCUCCGUGACAUUGAACUCGCCGGUAAGGCCCUCUUCUCUCUUCCUCCCUCUCACAAGCUCCGAGCCGCUCGCUCCCCUGACGGCGUCUCUGGCUAUGGCCGCGCUCGCAUCUCCUCCUUCUUCCCCAAGCUCAUGUGGUCCGAAGGCUUCACUAUUGUUGGAUCCCCUCUCCACCAUUUUCGCCAACUCUGGCCUGAUGAUUACACUAAAUACUGCGAUGUUGUCAAGAGAUAUGAAGAAGCGAUGGAAAAGUUAGCGGGAAAGCUAAUGUGGCUCCUCAUGGCCUCUCUGGGUAUAUCAAAAGACGACAUCCAAUGGGCCGGGCCAAGAGCUGAUUUCACCGGGGCUUCUGCCGCUUUGCAAUUGAACUCCUACCCGACUUGCCCGGACCCGGAUCGGGCCAUGGGCCUUGCGGCUCACACCGACUCCACCCUCCUGACUAUUUUACACCAAAACAACAUUAGCGGGUUGCAAGUUUUUCGAGAAGGCACGGGGUGGGUGAUGGUGCCACCACUUGCUGGUGCGCUUGUGGUGAACAUCGGCGAUCUCCUCCACAUUUUAUCGAACGGCUUAUAUCCGAGUGUGCUCCACCGGGCAGUAGUGAACCGGACCCGGCAGAGGUUCUCUGUGGCGUAUUUAUAUGGGCCCCCAGGGAAUGUGAAGAUCUCACCACAUGCGAAGCUAGUGGGCCCAAGUCGGCCUGCAUUGUAUAGGCCGGUGACGUGGAACGAGUACCUUGGGACCAAGGCAAAGCAUUUCAACGAAGCACUAUCGCGUGUGGAGGUUUGUGCGCCUAAGAGCGGAUUGUUUGAUGUAACCGAGACUCACAACAGUAGCGUGCAAGUGGGCUAGAAACUUCUGAACUGAAAGUAAAAUUUGGAAUGUUGUAUUGGUGUUGAAUUAUAUGGGUAGUGUUUGUGUGAGCUAAUAAUAAGCCAUAUAUUGUAUUUAGCAUUAUUGGAAGAGAAAAGGGCAAAAACAAAAUGAAGCACUAAUUAUAAAUAGGAUUGACUGAAUAUGAAGGAAUUAAUUGGUCAUGGUCGGGCUAUCAAUUUGGUUGGCUCAAAACGAGAAGGG